GCUUCUCCGAGAUCUCCGCGACCGUAGGGAGGGGAUGGGAGACGAAGAGCAGAAGGACAAACCUGCGGCCUCUCCUUCCGAUCGAAUCCCAGGAGGCCACAAGCCCCUUCUUCGAUGCAUCGUAAAACUGGGUGGGGCUGCGAUCACUUGCAAGAAUGAGUUGGAGAGCAUAAAUGAGGAAAUCUUGGAGUCAGUGUGUGUGCAGCUGAGGGAAGCAAUGAGCAAAUCUGCGAACUCCUCUUCAGGAAAUGUUGUUUCCAUGGACUGGAGCAAACGGCUCGGGAAACCCCUCGUUUCUGCGCCCGAAGAGUUCAGAAAUUGUCGGAGCUUGGAUUUGGAUAGCAAUUUUAUUGUUGUUCAUGGAGCAGGGUCUUUUGGACAUUUUCAAGCAAGUUCAUCUGGAGUACAUAAAGGAGGAUUGAAUCUUCCUCUCGUCAAGGCUGGUUUUGUGGCUACUCGAAUCUCAGUGACAUCACUUAACCUGGAAAUUGUGAGAGCUCUUGCCAGAGAAGGGAUACCAUCUGUUGGAAUGUCACCAUUUGCUUGUGGAUGGUCAACUCAUGGAAGAAAUGUCGCAUCAGCUGAUGUUUCUCAUGUCAUCAGUGCACUCCAUUCUGGUUUUGUCCCUGUUUUACAUGGAGAUGCUGUAGUGGAUGACUUACAGGAUUGCACCAUAUUGAGUGGGGAUGUGAUCAUACGUCAUCUUUCACAGCUACUAAUGCCCAACUAUGUUGUAUUUCUUACAGAUGUUCUAGGAGUUUAUGAUCGGCCACCAACAGACCCACAUGCCAUUCUUCUCAGAAAAAUCGCUGUAGAUGAGGAUGAAAAUUGGAUGAUUGUCAAGCCCAAACUACAGCAUGAGAAAAUGGGAGUUGAGAUUACAGUGGCAGCCCAUGAUACAACCGGGGGGAUGAAGACCAAAAUAUCUGAAGCUGCAACGAUCGCAAAGCUAGGAAUUAACGUCUACAUCACCAAGGCUGGAACACCACACUCUUUAAGAGCUCUUAGGGGAGAAGUUGAUGAUGCUCCAGAUGAUUGGCUUGGGACUGUCAUCUGCUCCUCCAAGAACAGUAUCUUUCAGAACACUGGUGGCCAAGUAUGAUACCUGUAAUCUUGAUUGCUAUCAGCCCCUUAGUGUGCCCUAGUUUCACCUUUGUUUUCAUCCCCGGUAGUGCAAUAUCACUUUGCUUUGUGAUCACUAGUUCUUGGAUACAGCAAAGCUUUAUUACAAUUUUGUUGCAAUCAUAAAAAGACAACUUUUAUGCAUGCAGAGGCCAUUUUUAAAUGCAUUUUUUUCUUGA